CAAAGGCUAUAAGCUGCAAUUACUUAAAGAGAAAAAAACUGGGAAAGGAAGGCAAGAGACACGUGUGUGAGAGGCAUUUAAGCUAAAACUGAAAAAGAUGGUAAUGCCACCUUUGCUCUAUGUCUGCCACUGUGGGUUGGGUUGCCUGCUAAGUGUAGGGUAUGCAAAGGUCCAAUUCAGCCGUUUCAAUUCAUAACUCCCCUCUCUCUCUGUCUCCACUACACCCUCCGCUUUUCCUCUAAUCACCCCUCUCUAUGCCUUGUCAUUUAUUUCGUCCAUAUCAUUGUAGUUAACCUUUGCACCAUCCUCCCAAUGCUCACCAUCCUCGGUGCAUUCUCAUGUAUCUCCCCUUGAUGCCGUGCCCAUUCUCACUGUUGCUCCUCUUGAUCAUCACUUGAGAGUUCAUUUCAUGUGGGUCCCGUCAGUAUAUUGCCAUGUUUGCUUUACUUGUUGCAUCAAGUGAUACGCAAAGAUGCAGACCCGUCACCAGAUCAGCAUGAUAAUCAUUGGAUAGAGGCCAACCCAUAUGAGUCAACUUGUUCCGGGACGCCACUUGUUCUCAAACCUAGUCUACAACUCAAAUUAGAUGGAUUAAUGGAGGCUUGGGUUUAAUACCAACAGUCCCAAAACCACUCUUCUCUAUCUCUCUGUCUCUCAACCUUCACACAAGCCUAAACCACUGCUCUCUCAACCUUCACAACCCACAAUGAUGAAUCAUUCAUCAUCCCAAUCCCAAUUGCAGCAGCAGCAGCAGCAGCAAGAACACAAGAUGAGUCCUACUAGCAAGCAUUACAUGGUUCUUCUGUUGAUCACCUAUUUUUCGCUCUUUGUGGGCAGUGUGUCUUCAACCCUGCUUUCAAAGUUCUAUUUCAUCCAUAAAGGUUCGAGCAUAUGGGUGUCAACAUGGGUUCAAUCUGUUGGAUUUCCUCUCCUCCUCCUCCUCAUUUACCUGCCCCACCAUCUCUUCAAAUGCACACGGAGGCGACCCUUCACAAGUUUCACUCCGAAGCUCCUCCUCUUAUCAGUUUUCAUAGGACUCAUGUUAGGCCUGAACAACUUUCUCUUCUCCUGGGGAACCUCCUACCUACCUGUAUCAACUGCAUCUCUCCUUCUAUCAUCCCAACUGGCCUUCAAUCUCAUACUCUCUAUCAUCAUCGUGAAGCAAAAGAUCACAUUUUCUAACUUCAACUGCGUGAUUCUUCUCACCCUCAGCUCCAUCCUCCUGGCCUUGAGUUCCAACCAUGACAGACCAAAAGACUUGACCCAUGCCAAGUACUUCAUAGGCUUCUUCUCCACCAUAGGAGCAGGCCUGCUCUUUGCUCUCUAUCUCCCAGUGAUGGAGAUGAUCUACAAGAAAGUUUACUGCUACGAGAUGGUGAUUGAAAUGCAGCUGGUGAUGGAGAUGGCAGCAACGGCCUUGGCCACCAUUGGAAUGGCAGCCGACCAUGGGUUUUCAGAGAUGAAGAAGGAGAGUGAAAUGGUGUUUGAUCUGGGUCCAAAGGCAUACUGGUUGACACUGGUAUUCAACAUGGUGACUUGGCAGUUUGCCUUCAUGGGAACCGCAGGGCUGGUGUUCUUGACAACUUCUCUGACCGGAGGAAUCUGCAUGACUGCCUUGAUGGCCGCGAACGUGCUGGGAGGUGUCUUGGCGUAUGGAGAUAAGCUUGGAGGAGGGAAGGUGGUCUCCACCUUGCUCUGCGUCUGGGGCUUUUGCUCCUAUGUCUAUGGCAUGUAUGUUAAGAUGAAAGAAGAAGAGAAAAACAACAAUCAAUCAGUACAACUGCCUGAGCAGCAAAUGGUUUGAUUGAUCCAUCCAUUUUACUGUUUCCUUUGUUCAAGCCUUCCAGAUGUAAUGAAUAAUAUGCAUAGACAUUUCAAAUUUCCUUAUCAUUGCCUGCCGUCAACACAAAGAAACAAUCUACGGAUAGGGACUCAUUUUCA